AUGGUCCAGCAUUUGACAAAACAUCAAAGGCUUUCCUACGAUACAGCCUCUAACAAAACUCAGCUGUCCAGAACCCCUGGUAAUAGAAUUGUUUACCUUUAUACCAAGAAGAUUGGGAAAGCACAAAAAUCUGCCCUUGGCGUGUGCCAGGGCCAACUUCGAGGGGUUCAUGCUAUAAGACCUACAGUUCUCAUGAGAUCACCCAAAACAAAGAAACACGGCAGCAGGGCCUAUGGUGGUUCCACGUGUGCUAAAUGUGUUCAUGGUAAGAUCAAGCGUGCUUUCCUUAUCGAGGAAGUGUGGUGCUGUGCAAGUGUUGAAGGCUCAAGCACGGAGUCAGAAAGCUAA